AUGUCUUGGCUUCUCACUCAGACCAAUUAUACCAACCACGAAGAGGAAGAGCAAGAGGAGCGCCGCGCCCCUUCCCCGGACCCCCCCCCCUUCUCCCGACGCACCCUGUCCCGCAGCGCUGCAAGUCAAGUCCUGGAGAAGAGACCAGAGCGCCUCCUAGAGGCCCUCUUCUCCUGGAUCCAUUUGCGGAGAGAGAGUGGACUGGGCCUGAGGCGUUUGGCCGCAGAGCUGCAGUAUGUGAAGGACAACUACAGAGGGAAAAAGCCCCUGAGCAACAGCAUGGCCAGGCUGGGGGCCCGCUGCCUAUCAGGGGCCGGCCGGCGUGUGUCAGGGGUCCUGGGUGGCGCACAGGCCGGUGUCCAUGGUCACUCGGGGCUGGGUGCUGGAGUUCAUGGCCCGAGAGCACCUGCAGAGACCGGACAUCGUCAGGUCUGA